UCCCCGACCCAAAAUCCCCCAAAACCCUUCCCCCUCCGCCCCGCCGCCAUGAAGCGGAAGCAGAGCGCCGCCGCCGCCGAAGUCGACGCCGACGAGCCCUCCCAGGCCCCGCUGCCCCUCGACGACUACUCGGGCGACGUCUGCGCCGCGCUCACCGCGCGCUACGGCCGCUCCGCCUCCGCGCAGCACCGCCACCUCCUCGCCACCGCCGCCGCCAUCGGCUCCAUCCUCACCGACGACGGGCACCCCCUCACCGCCGAGUCCUACCUCCCCGCGGUCGUCUCCGCGCUCCGGGCCGCCGGCCCCUCCGACCCCGCCGCCGCCGCCGCCCUCGCGUCCCUCCUCGUCAUCCUCAUCCCCCACAUCUCCUCGCUGCCGCCGGCCUCCGCCUCGGAGCCUGCCUCCUCGCUCGCCGCCUUCCUCGCCUCCCCUGAGGCCUCCAAGCUCCCCACCGGCACCGUGCGCUCGGUGGUUAAGUCGCUCGGCCAGUUGGCCCUCCAUCUCGACGCCGCAGCCGAUUGGGGUGCUGUCGCCGCGCCUCUGGAGGCUCUCCUCGCUGCCUCUGUGGAUCAGCGGGCCAAGGUCCGAAGAUGUGCACAGGAGAGUGUGGAGAAGCUAUUUCCUUACUUGGAGCGUUCCGGCUGUGCGAAGAAAGCUAGCAGCGCUGCAAUUGACUUGUUUGAGAAACACAUUUUGUCGGUGAGAAGUCUUGCCAAGUUGGAUCCAGACGCUUCUGAGGCUAAGGAGACGGAAGCGGUUCAUAUGCUAGGCGCGGUGGCAGUUUUAGUUCCAUAUCUAUCUAAGAAGGCAAGGAAUACGGUUUUCUCGGGUGCUUAUCGGCUAUUGAGACCCCGUUUUAGCCCACUCACAAGGCAUGUCCUCAGGCUUAUGGAAACCUUGUUGGAGCAUCUUAAGGCUGAGAAUAUUGAGUCGGAGUUGGAGAAGCUCAUCUCCUUAGUGUUGGCUUACCUGCCUUACGAUGAGAAGAAGCCUGAUGAUACAAUCAUCGCAGCAUUACAGCUGAUGAGAAAUUGUUUAGGGAAACUGGCUGGUCGCCCAAAAUUGUGGACAAAGGUUCUUCCGUCUGCAUUUGAGGCAGUUUCAGGAUACCUAAUUCUGGAUAGUAAAUGUUCUGAAGAUGUAGCGGGACUGUUAAUAGAGUGCAUCUAUUCUCAUGUCAACCAAAGUAUUUUUGUGACUAAUGAAUCAGGGUGUGAUGCUGAGGAUUCGAUUGAUGGGGCUGCCGUCAAAUCAAUCUGUUCGUCUAUCAAUAAAAAACUUAGAAAGUGUGCUUCUCCUCCUCGUAACGUGUUAACAAUUGUCCUGGCUAUGUUUCUCAAACUCGGGGAGAGUUCUUAUGUCUUCAUGAAAGAUAUCCUACUAACUUUGUCACGGCUUGGUUCAAAAAUACACAAAGAGCCACACCUGAAGAAUGUUGAGGAGUGCAUUGGGGCAGCAAUAGUUGCUAUGGGGCCAGAUAAAAUUCAUUCUCUACUUCCAAUAUCUUUUGAGGAGGCUUGGUUUACAUGCUCAAAUAUGUGGAUUGUACCCAUUUUAAACAAGUAUGUUUAUGGGGCCUCACUGCAACACUUUUUAGAGUACAUUGUACCGCUAGCAAAAUCGUUACAAGAGGCUUCAAGCAGGGCCAAAAAAGCACGGAAAUGUAAGGAAUUGCAAGGUUGGAGUGAUCAGUUGUGGAAUUUGCUUCCUGCCUUCUGCCGCUGUCCGUCUGAUGUAUAUCAGAAUUUUGGUUCCUUGUCCAAACUGCUGCUAGAGAUGCUGAAGUCUGAUCGGUGUCUCUACAAAUCCGCUAGUAAAGGCCUGCAGCAACUUAUAGAUGGAACUAGAAGAUUAAGCAGCAGUGAUGAAGACGUAGAAGUCCCUGCAGAAGUUUCAACCUUGUUCUCCUCAAAGACUAGUAACUUAAGCUGUGUAAGCUUACAACGGUGCUCUAAAAAAGAUGCUCGUAAAAGCAUGAAAGUCUUGGCAUCACAUUCCGUGGAUCUUCUUUGCACUUUUGCAGAUGAUUUCCUUGAAUCAUCAGAAAAGCGUGCUCAUUUAAAGGAAGCCCUGAGAUCCCUGGCUCAAAUUUCUGGUAGCGCAAACAUCUGUAACCUUUUUCUUUCACUACUUAAAAAAUGUGGUUUGGAAGAUAUUCCAUCGACACCAGAGAAUCUAGAAUGUGAAGCAAAUGAGGUAGAUGGAAAAGGCGAAGAGAAUACUGAUUCGACAGCGGAGAUAAAUAAUAAGAGGUCACUUCUGAUGGAACUCAUUUCAACACUAGCUGAAGCUGCCGAUGAGGAUGUGCUUGAUUUGUUUUUUGGAUUCAUCAAAUCUUCUUUACUGGAUAGCAGCAAGUCAUGUGAGAGCAAAGCUCUCUUCGCAUUAAGCACAAUUUUGAAGGAACACCAUGAAUAUUCGUUAGCCCAGUUGGAUGAAAUAAUGAUGCUUCUUCAUGGAAUAAAGCCAGAUUCUAACAAUGCAGUUUUAGAAGGUCAAUUAGUAUGCUACAAGUAUCUGUUGGUUCACAUGAUUAAGGUUAAUGAAGAGAGCACAAGCAAGAAGGCAUUCUUGAUUCUAAAUGAGUUAAUACUUGCAUUGAAGUCUAAGAAGGAAAGUAGAAGACUAGCAUACGAUGUACUCCUGGCUAUUAGUACUAGCUUGAGGAGUUCUGAAUUGAAUAACGGAGAUUCAGAUCUUCAACGGCUAUUCACAAUGGUGAUGGGAUAUCUUUCUAGUCCGUCUCCUCACAUAGUGAGCGGAGCAAUAGCUGCAUUAUCAUUGCUUAUAUACACUGAUGCUGACUUCUGCGUGGAAGUUCCAAAUUUGAUACCAUCAGUCCUAGUUCUGCUGCAAAAUAAAGCUAUUGAAGUAAUUAAGGCAUCUCUGGGGUUUGUUAAGGUGUUGGUAACAUCUUUGCAAUCAGAAAAACUGUUGGGUUUGCAAGCAGAUAUCAUGACUGGCAUAUUACCAAUGUCAUCUGUUACAAAGCACCAUUUCAAAGGGAAGGUUAUACUAAUAGUGGAAAUAUUGAUCAGAAAAUGCGGAUUUGAUGCUAUUGACUUGGUUACACCUGAAAAGUACAAGGAGUUUGUUAGAAGUGUUGAAGAGGGCCGCAAGGGGAAUAAUAAUAAUCCAGCAGAUGGUGCACAGUCCGAGGCGAAAGAUCCCGAGCAUCAUGCUCCAAAGAGAGGAAAAUGGGCUGAAUCUAACGCCGAAUCUGGACAAGAGGAAGCACUGACCGGGAAGAAGGAAUUCUUCAUCAAAGGGGCGGGGAAGCCUCACUUCCAGGGUGGUAGAGGUAGAGGUAGAGGUAGAGGCAGAGGCCAGCAGCACGGCAGAGGGUCAGGCGACAGAGUUAGUUUCAGAUCCAGAUCCGAAGCGCAGUCAGGAGACGGCCAGAGCAGCAGAGGCGGCAGGCCACAAGGCCGAGGCACGAGGCCCGGGAACGGUGGGUUCAACAGGACGCGAGGCGGCGGUGGCGGGAUGGGGCCGUCCAGCCACUCCCCUAGAUUCAAGAAGCCCAGAACCGCGGCGGCUCCGCUCCGCAGGGCUCGCUUCAAGUGCCCGCGCGGGCUCGCGGCCCAUGUACCUACCUCGCGGCCGGCCCUUCUCCUCUUCUCCCUCUCCCUCGGCUCGGACCCAGCCAGAUUCCGACGAGCGGCCCUAGCAGCAGCGGCGUCUCCGGUUCCGGCGGGCGGGCGGGCGGCCAUGGCGGUGGCGGCGCCGGGGCAGCUGAACCUGGACGAGUUCCCCUCGUGGGGCUCCCGCGGCGUCGACUGCUUCGAGAAGCUCGAGCAGAUCGGCGAGGGCACCUACGGGCAGGUGUACAUGGCCAAGGAGACGGAGACCAACGAGAUCGUCGCGCUCAAGAAGAUCCGCAUGGACAACGAGCGCGAGGGCUUCCCCAUCACGGCGAUACGGGAGAUCAAGAUCCUCAAGAAGCUCCACCACCAGAACGUCAUCCAGCUCAAGGAGAUCGUCACCUCCCCAGGCCCGGACCGAGACGAGCAAGGGAAGCCAAUCGACGGUAACAAGUACAAGGGGAGCAUCUACAUGGUCUUCGAGUACAUGGACCACGACCUCACCGGGCUCGCCGACAGGCCUGGGAUGCGCUUCACCGUGCCGCAGAUCAAGUGCUACAUGAAACAGCUGCUCACAGGCCUGCACUACUGCCACGUCAAUCAGGUGCUGCAUCGGGAUAUCAAAGGUUCUAACCUUUUGAUAGACAAUGAGGGUAACCUCAAGCUUGCUGAUUUUGGGCUUGCGAGGUCAUUCUCUAGUGAUCACAAUGGCAACCUGACUAACCGUGUCAUCACCUUGUGGUACAGACCUCCAGAACUGCUUCUCGGAAGCACAAGGUAUGGUCCAGCUGUUGACAUGUGGUCUGUGGGCUGUAUUUUUGCUGAGCUUCUCAAUGGAAAGCCAAUCCUGCCAGGGAAGAAUGAGCCGGAGCAGCUGACCAAAAUUUUCGAGCUUUGUGGCACCCCUGAUGAGUUAAUCUGGCCUGGUGUCACUAAGAUGCCAUGGUACAACAACUUCAAGCCUCCCCGAGUGUUGAAGAGAAAAGUUAAAGAUGCCUUUAAACAUUUUGACCGGCAUGCUCUGGACCUGUUGGAGAGGAUGUUAACUUUAGAUCCAUCACAGAGGAUACCAGCGAAGGAGGCACUUGAUGCAGAGUAUUUCUGGACUGAUCCCUUGCCAUGUGACCCGAAAAGUUUGCCAUCGUAUGAAGCAUCACACGAAUUCCAGACUAAGAAAAAACGUCAGCAGCAGAGGCAAGCGGAGGAGGCUGCAAAGCGCCAAAAAAUAAAUCAUCCUCCCCCACAUUCUCGCUUGCCUCCGAUCCAGCAUCCAGGCCAAUCACACCAGAUCAGGCCUGGCCAUGCACCACCUGUGGCAGGUGGCCCAAGCCAUUAUGCGAAACCUCGAGGGCCUGGAGGGCCUAACAGGUACCCGCAGGGUGGGAACCAAGGUGCAGGUUAUAAUAACCCGAACCGCGGAGGGCAGGGUAGCGGCUACGGGAGCGCCCCGUAUCCUCAGCAAGGCAGAGGACCUCCUCCGUUCCCUGCAGCAAGUGGUCCACGUGGUGGUGCUGGCAGUGGAUAUGGAGUCGGCGGGCCAAAUUAUCCACCAGGCGGUCCGCCAUAUGGCACGUCUGGUCCAGGCCGAGGAGGCCCGAACUAUCCUCAAGGCGGUUCUCGCAAUCAGCAGCAGUAUGGUAGCUGGCAAUAAUAUUUGUCAUAUCACGUCGUGGUGAUACGCCCCUCCAGUUGGAGUAUUUUUAUUUGUAGAAUCUUUGCUGUUCAAAUUCUACUUUCUGUGAUUGUUGCGCAACAGCUCUUAAGGUACGUCCUUUAUGGUUCAAGCUGUAUUUUAUCAAUGUAUAAACUGAGUUUGUAGCAGAACAGGCUAUUGCAGUGUUGUCGUUUAUGAUUCAAUUUGUAUGUUAUGAAUACAUGAAAUGUAUAAUCACCUUAUGAUUCAAGCUGUAUGUUAUGAAUGUAUGACCAUUAAUGAGAUGUUCUUGUA